AUGCAGAACAACCACAAAGAACACCUUUAUAAGAUCCUGGUAAUCGGGGACCUUGGCGUCGGGAAGACCAGCAUCAUCAAGCGCUAUGUGCAUCACAACUUUAGCCCCAACUAUCGAGCCACGAUCGGAGUAGACUUCGCCCUCAAAGUGCUCAACUGGGACCAGGAGACCGUGCGCCUGCAGCUCUGGGACAUCGCAGGUCAGGAGCGGUUUGGCAACAUGACUCGUGUGUACUACCGUGAAGCCAUGGGGGCCUUCAUUGUGUUCGACGUCACCAGGCCUGCCUCCUUCGACGCCGUCACCAAAUGGAAAGAAGACUUGGAUUCCAAACUGACACUUGCCAAUGGGAAACAUGUAGCCACAGUACUUUUGGCAAAUAAAUGUGACCAGGGCCGUGACGUGUUGACCAACAACGGGAUAAAGAUGGAGCAGUUUUGCCAGGAGAAUGGCUUUGUGGGCUGGUUCGAGACCUCCGCCAAGGACAUGAACUGUGACGUCUGUGACUGUGACGUGUUAUUAUAA